AUGGCAGGCUGGGGGAUCUUCUUCCUUUCUCUGCUCAACUACAAGACGGAGAAGUAUGUCAUCGCAGAGAACAGGAGAAUAGGAAUAUUGUUCCGACUCUAUCAGCUGGCCGUGCUGGGAUACAUUAUAGGGUGGGUGUUUGUGGUGAAGAGAGGCUACCAGGAGAGAGAAGAAGCCAUCCAGACCUCAGUCAUCACCAAGCUCAAAGGUGUCACACUAACCAACAACUCCGAGACGGGGCUUCACCUCUGGAGCGCAGAGGACUAUGUCAUACCCCCAAACGGCGAGCAGGUGUUUUUCAUCGUGACAAAUUAUGUCGAGACACCCAAUCAGAGACUGGGGGUCUGCGCUGAGAGUUACAAGGUGCCAAGUGGACGAUGUCUAAGUGAUGAUGACUGUGUUGAAGGGGAGAUUGUAACAGCCGGCCAUGGAAUCAAGACUGGCGUCUGUUUAAACAGCACCGGGACCUGCGAGAUUCACGCCUGGUGUCCAGUAGAAUACAGCAGACGCCCCACAGAGCCUUUACUGAGUGAAGCAGAAAACUUCACCGUCUACAUCAAGAACUUCAUCAGGUUCCCAAAGUUUGAAUUCUCCAAGUCAAACGUCCUUGAAACUUCAGAUGACAGCUACCUGAAGAGGUGCUCAUACGACACAGAGAAACAUCCUUACUGUCCUAUCUUCCGCCUGGGAGACGUAGUCAGCUGGACUGGACAUGACUUUCAGGACAUGGCUGUUAAGGGUGGGUCUGUGGGUGUCCUCAUUGAGUGGAACUGUAACCUGGAUAAGGACUCUUCACAGUGUAACCCACAGUACAGCUUCACUCGCUUAGACAUGAACAUGAACAACUCCGUCACAUCAGGAUACAACUUCAGAUAUGCCAGGUACUACAAGGAUCAAAACGGUGAAACCUAUCGCACUUUGUACAAAGUGUAUGGAAUUCGCUUCGAUAUAAUGAUAAAUGGCCAGGCUGGAAAAUUCAAUAUUGUUCCCACAAUAAUUGCCAUAGGUUCUGGUCUUGCUCUGCUGGGUGCAGGAGCCUUUGCAUGUGAUAUGAUAUUACUGUACAUGAUGAACACAAGCUCCUUCUACCGAGAGAGGAAAUUUGAAAUCAUCAAUUUCAAGAAUGAAAGGACCAAAAACAAGGACAGCAAGGCUGGAACCCGGGAGAGGAAAUCCAGGAAAGCAGGUGCAGAGAAAGGGGCCGGCAACUCGGUCAAAAUAUCAGAGGAACGUGAAGAUGUGGAGGGAUCUCAUCCCACUGCAGAGGACAAACGGGGUCCCACCAUUCCACGCAACACAGGACAGCGAUACCCUUCCCUUCUCUCCCCUCACGCUGCAGAGUCAAGGCAUCAUAUCACUUUCUCACCACACAGUUAAACACGUGGACAGAGGAGGACAAACCACCUGCAGUGUUCCUGUUUAUGCUGCAGGUGGUUAAACUGAAGAAAAGCAAACAAAACAAAAAAAAACUCAGAUGAAUCUCAUCUACUGGCAUGCUGACAAGUUUAGGAGAUGCUUGGCUUGACUGGAAACGGGGUGGGUCAAUGAAAUGUCAGUGUUCUGCUUGGUGCAAAUGGGUCAGGACACUCAUUUAAGAUAAACAGAUUUCAGGUGGAGAUCAGGAACCAAAGGUUUAAAGUUAGGUUUAAAAAAGGGCCAUAAUUGAUAAUAUGACAAA